UCUGUUGGUGACAUUGUUUUCGCUGAACUCGUUUUUUCCGAGACCCUCUUUUCUCAUAGGCUCAGUUUCACCACCAUCUGCAGUCGGCCAGUUUCGGUGGCAGAAGAGGCCACAUCUGCUUCCUGGAGGCCCCCUGGGCAGAAGCAUGCAGUGGUGUCUCCUCCUGAUCUGGGCGCAGGGGCUGAGGCAGGCUCCCCUCCCCGCCUCAGGAGCGGUGACAGGCAGAAUAGUAACAGUGGGUAACAUUUCUGCAGAGGAAGGUGACUCUGUUACCUUGCAGUGUCACCUCUCCUCCACCACCGCGGAAGUGACUCAGGUCAACUGGGAGCAGCAGGACCAACCUCUGGCUGUGCAUCACCCUACCUUGGGGUGGUACAUCUACCCAGUCUUCAGGAAGCGAGUGGCCCCGGGCCCCAACCUGGACCUCAUCCUCCAGUCGCUGACCGUGAAUGACACAGGGGAGUACUUCUGCACCUAUUAUACCUACCCUGACGGGAUUUACAAAGCGAAACUCUUUCUGGAGGUCCUGCAAAGCUCAGUGGCUGAGCACAGCGCUGGCUUCCAGAUCCUGUUGGUUGCGGCCGUGGCCACAGGGUUGACGGUCAUCUGCAUGGCAGCCAUUGUGGUGGUCGUAUUGGCUAUAAAGAAGAAAUCUCUCAGAAUGCGUUCUGCAGAAAAUGACCUCAGAAGAACACCAUCUGAACAGGAGGAACGGAAUCCCAGUGCUCCGUCAUUCCCUAGGAGCUGUGUCCAGGCAGAAGCAGCACCUGCCAGCCCCUGCAGAGAGCAGAGGGGAGAUGACUAUGCCGAGCCGCAUGACUACUUCAAUGUCCUGGGUUACAGAAGCCUCGGGAGCUUUGUCUUCCUGGCAGAGACUGGGUAGCUCCCAGAGGCAUCUUCUGGGACAUACAGUCCUGUCUUUGCUGAUACAGAUGGAGGUAUAAUGCACUCUCCAUCACUGCUGUGUGUGUGUGUGUGUGUGUGUGUGUGUCUUCAGCUGAAUGAAUGAAUGUUAUCCUCUUCUCUGCAUUUCCUCUACCCUUCCCUUCUGUUGCAUUGUGGCAGACCUGGGGUGAGCAGCUUGUGUCUUGAUUAUGAAUGCAUGUUAAAAAAAACUUGACCUGGUUUUGAAUCUGGCCGUUUGAGCAGAUUCUGUGGCUCUGAGAAAUGGAUUCCUCCUAAUAACACUGGGCAGGGUUUUGGGCUACAGAGUUUUGUGGUGGAAAAUGAUAAUGGUAUGACUGUGGAGCCACCGUAUCUCAUUUCUCACUUUGCUGUCACUUUCAUGAACAUUCACACAUUGAAGGUGCUUUAUGAAUAAGGCAUGGUACUAGCUUCAAUGGGGAGAUUCAAGGAUGACUAAACCAUGGUCUCUGGUCUCAGGCCUGUGAGAACUUACAGUUAAGUGGGGAGACAGCACUUACAUAGAAAGAUAGUAAGGAGAUAAGGAUACAAGACACAGGCCGUUGGGAAGAGAUAUCAGUCCGAGGUGAGGUGAUCAGGAUAGGCUAAUCUGUGGUGAAGUGGCUUAUGAGGAUGAAAGGAACAGUGGGGCUGGUUUGCUAAGAGCAGGAACUUUUCUAGGAAACUCGUAGAAACUAAAGUUGAGUUCCAAAAAGCCCCACAAGGAAGGCCCUGGCACCAAGGAAACCAACAAGGCUUCAGAUUUUAUUUUCUGGGCAGGCAAUUCAAGUCUCCUUUUGUCGGAUAUACUCAGAGUCCAGUAAUUGUCUGAUAGAGAGGACUCUAGGCUCUUCCAACCACAGAAGUUGUGCGAGUCCACCAAUGGUGCGGGAGCUGCGUCUUAGCCCUUAGGCCAUGAUCCAUCUGCCUUUUCUCUAUCAAUCCACCGUUUAGCCUUUGAAGAAAGUGUCUAUUUCCCACUAAAAGAAAAACUUGGAUUUUUAAGUAAGGAGUUUUCCUAGGAAGAAAAAUAGGGGGAUAAUAAGGGGCUUAAAAAAUGAACACCCUCAAACUGGCUUCUCUGAACCCUUAAAUUCACCACUGACUUCUUUGUGCUGAGGUUGGGGUGGCAUCUGAGUACUCAUUUCUGUUUAACUGGCAUUCAGGCUUUUAUCUCCCCACCAUCUUUCUUAGAGGAAUGAGGGCGUUGGUUGGUUUACAGGUGACUGAUUUUCUUUCGUGGGAUCUGGGAACUGAGAGAGAAUGUGAAGCAGGCCUGUCUUCUGCCAACUGAUACAUGGAGCUUUGCCCUGCUACCUAAGAAUUAGGCUGGUUAAGCAAGAAGACAAUUCAACUCCUACUCCUUUGUGGAUCUUUAUGUUUAUUUUUCUCACUUUUCUACCCAACAGGUAUUUAGUUAGAGCAAUGAGCUGAAGUCUGUCCAGAACACCAAGUCCUUUGGAAGAGGGAUAGAGACAUGUAAAAUGCUGUUAUUUGCCAUGGCAGUUCACAGCAUUUUUCGUGCAAAACUGGUUCAAAUUGGUUGGGAGUAGAACACAAUUCACGAAUUGGAAAUGAGCUAGAAUGUAAUGACAAAAAGGGAGUGGUGUUUUGAUUUGGUGGAGAUAUAUACUGGGCCGAGGCUGGACUGAGAGUUGGGUGUUAUUUAACGUGAUUAUGGUAACUGGAAAAGUUUACAAAUACCAUUUGGAUCGUGAUAAAAACACAAAAGGAUCCAUAGACAUUGUAAAUGGGCAAGGUUACUAAAAUGAAUUUGAACUAGACAGAAAAGAAACUUCCAAAUGGAAUUCAUUGAAAUAGAUUUUCCUUGGAGAAAAAAGAAGACAAUCCCCUAACAGCCAGAUGCCUGGAGAUGUGGGCAAUGCAGUAGAGAAGCCGCUCUCCACACGUAGCUAUCAAGCACACGAGAUGUGGUUAGUCGGAACUGAGAUGUGCUGGCCUGUAAGUGUGAAAUACACACUGGAUCUCGAAGACUUAAUAUGAAUAAUAAGAAUGUAAACUAUCACAUUGGUAAUUUAA